AUGCUUGCCAUAUCGAAUCUGGCAGCUAAACGCGUCGCAACUUUUGGCAGCAUUGCUCAGACAAUUUUCGGCACUCGGUUCGAUCGGUUGGGUGACGGCGUUCUUGACGGUGUGGGUCUGUGUGUAUGCGUUGUCUAUAAGUGAGUUCAGUAAAACGGCACAGAAAAGAUAAUUUUCCGCAGUGUUAUUCUGUGUUCUAUCCGUGGAUUGCCGACGAAGCGUGCAGGAAUUUUUCCGUCGAAAAAAAAACGGGAUGUUUGUGCAAUGGACAGUUCUGUGUUGAUUACCGUUGAUAUUACUAAGUCGGAUUGAUAAGGCGCUAAUGAGCUGGUUAGGUGAAAGUAAUCGAAUUGUGAAAAAUUCAACUGCCUGAAUAGUAAGCGUUGACGGAUGGUGGACCCACGUGAGGGUAUAAGGGCAACCGGCCGCGCCGCAGACUGUGUGUAGCAUACGAUCCCGCGGAGGGCAAACCGUGUGUGUGUAGGCGGAAAUUCAUAACAAACAGUCGGUGAUUUGUCGACACCACCGGACGGAAAAUGUGUGUUGGUUUUACGAGUGCGGUUUGCUUGGUAAUUACAAAUCAGUGUGAAUGGAAAGCACCAACAAAACAGCAAAAAGUAAGAGAAUGAAGGAUUUUUGUUUUUAAGUGUUUUUUUGAAUGGCGAAGAAUUGAUUUUUCAACUGGCGACAAGAAUAUGGGUGCUUUUUUGCGAAGAACAUAAAGGCAAAUCGUGGAAAGUGAUAUAGUAGUACUAGCCCGGCUGGAGGCAAACGAAACUUUUCUCACGGUAGUGUGCCAAAAAACAUAGCACAAGACAAGCGGGAAGAAAACAAGAAGAACUAUGAAACUGUGGAAAUCGAAGAAAAGUUCCAGUGGUGGAACAAGCUGUGUACCAACCGGCAGUACCGGUAGCGGAAGCAAGGGCGUCGGCAGUGCACUAUCGAAAAGCUGCAAUUUCAAUGGCCACAACAGCGGCAGCAGCAACAACAGUUUCGAGGAUAAUAGCGUUGAGACGUCGUUCAUCAACCCUACGGCGGCGGCUGCUACUGUUGUUGGAAAUGGGACGUCGGCUUCGGCAACGACGACGGCCGGGACGCCGUCGGCUGCCGGUCUGAUGCAGUCCGGAGGAAACACCACUGGCAGCCUGAUGUCGGCCAUCGAUCGCGCCAUGAGUCCAGCGCAGUCCGAGGACUCUGGACUGGCGGCGGACCGCGGAACGACCUACGCCACGAUUUCGAUUCCACGCGAUCAGGGUCAGCCAUUGGGGAUAAUACUAGCAGAACGAGCCGAUCUUUCCUAUCCCCCGGUGGUGGAAUCAAUCAACGGACCGGCGGCGGACUUGCUGGCACCGGGCGACCGGAUACAUCAGAUCGAUGGCAUUUCGACGAUUGGCCUAACCAAUCAGCAUUUGUUCAGCAUUCUGGCGCACGGCGACGGGCCGGCCGUCAUCGAAAUCGAAUACUCGUUUCCGGAGUACAUUUCACAAAACAGCCUGUGCGUGACCACAAAACUGGCGCAGAUCACAGUGGAGCGGGAAAACGGUUGCCUGGGGCUGACGCUGCGUGGUGGCGGCGAAUAUCCGCUGGUUGUGACAAACGUACGAAUGCACGGUCCGGUGUUCAAAACCGGCCAAAUCAAACCGGGCGAUCGGGUGCUGCGGGUGGACAAUAUUUCCCUCGUAAACAAAACACUUUCCGAGGCGCAACACAUUCUCAAAAGUGGCCACAUAACGGGUUAUACGAAUUUGACCAUCGAGUAUGAUGUAUCGGUGAUGCAGAGCGUGGAGUUCAGUAUGGGACCGCUGUUGUUGGAAAUCGAGCGACCGAUGAAUGAGAAACUGGGACUAAUUCUGAGUAACUUCUCCAGUGCAGUGAACCAGGCCGAAAUCUAUCAUAAGCUGGACGAGGUACAGCCAGCCGGGAUCUACAUAGCUAGUAUCCUGCCGGCCAGCAUUGCCGAUCGUUGUGGUGCACUUUCCGUCGGGGACCAGAUUCUGUCCGUUGACGAAACCAUUGUGGAAAAUAGUGCCUACUCACCCGAGGAAGUGACAUCCCUACUGGACGCCAAUUGCCCCAAGGGAUACACUCAACUGCAGAUCUUGCCUGCGCACACUCUUGUCAGGAGGAGAGGCAUCUCAUGCUCCAGCCCCAAGUACGGUUUCAACACGGUCGAUUCGCGUAAGAAUCUGGCGGCUAACAAAAACCGUCGACUGGUGAGAAAAAGUUCGCUUCCACAGCCGGCGGAGAAUGGCGGUUCGGUCGGUGCUUUGCACCCGAACGUGGGUCUUUGCAAAGCGGAAACCAUUCAGCUGGUUUUGGACUGUUCCCAGGGCUCGGGAAUAUGUCUGGGACCGAAGACGCCUUGUGGUCGGGGUUAUAUCAUCGCACAAGUCUUGCCGGACUCGGUGGCCGAGCGCUCCGGCAGUCUGCAGAAAGGCGAUCGAAUUCUGUCCGUCAACAAGAUGUACAACCUAGAUGCUGGUACCAUUCGACAGCUGCUGGGGGACUUCGGAUCGAAAACGGCCGCAAAUCACUAUCACAAUCAGCCACAAACUGCAAACUGGGUUGAGCUAGAGUUGGAAUUCGAUAUGGCGGACAGUGUGAUUCCCUCAAGUGGCGUGUUUAAUAUCAAACUGAUCAAACAGAACAAGUGCGGGCUGGGCAUUACAGUGAGUGGCAAUAAUCACGGCUCGUUUGUCGUAUCGGAAGUUAAGCCAGGCAGUGCCGCUCACCGAACAGGAUCUUUGAGGGCUGGAGACGUUCUGUUGGCCGUAGAUAAUCACCCCGUUCAGCAUUACAAUCUGGAUCUGCUGUUGAAGGAGAGUAAGAAUGAAUAUAUCACACUGACCGUGAAACGAAACUCGCUGCCGGACUUUUUGUUUGAUGCCCAGCAGAAGACCAAUAUGCUUUACGGCAGUACGGAAGAUAAUGCUUACAUCUAUGGAACCAGAUACAACGAAUCUCCCUCGCUAAAGUCUAACAAUAAUGUGGAUUAUUUUCAAAUUGAAGAUCACCUCCAGCAUCAGCAGCUACGGAGGCCGAUGUGGAACCAGCCUACACCGACGUACGACGUCCUACCGGGGUCUGGCAGUAAUCCGAUGACCCAAAGUACCGGAACCCUCAAGGUAGUGCACCAUUCUUCCCCUCAUCAGGCUCUGAACUCUUGUAGUUCCGAGAACCUGCCCCAUCCUCCCAUGCAGAUGCUCAAUGCCGAGGGAGAUCUUUGCGAGGAUCGCUACGACGAUAUUGUGCAUUAUAAGAUGGCCUCCAUGAACAUCAACAGCAACAACUACGUGGGGUUGGGUUCAUCCGGUAAUGGAACACACGCCGGAAUAGCUGGAGGUGGUGGUGGCGGCGGUGUUCCUAGUGAUCAGAUUCAGCAGUUUAUCUUCAAUGUGCGUUUAGAACCGAAAGGAGGUCCACUGGGUAUCACGCUGGCAGGCAGCGACGAUCUGCAGAAACCAAUCAAAAUCAGUGCCUUGACAGAAGGUGGAAUCGCUCAUCAGAAUGGUCAGCUGAAGGUAGGGGAUUGCUUGUUGGCAAUCAAUGGGGACAGUAUUUGCGGCGUACCAUUAACCACAGCUACCAAGUUGUUGCACAAAUUUGAGAACGUGGUUGAUUUGCAAAUCUCGCGGACAGAGCGUUCCGGAGGUUCUCAUAUUGGCCCGGGAACUAGCGGUGGAGGUGGUGGGGAAGCUCAAGCACAGGCCCUUUAUGCCAAGGUUCAACGCAGGCCCCGUAGUCCAUCAAUUACGGAUGCCUUAUCGACAAACUCCAGUUCCAGUUCCGGGAACUGGCGGACCUUGCACGUAACAUUGUUCAAAGAUCGCGUGUAUGAUGACUACGGCUUCUCGGUGUCCGAUGGGCUGUACGAGAGAGGAGUUUACAUUAACAGAAUCCGAUCAGGAGGUCCGGCAGAUCUCGUUGGAAUGCUUCGACCUUUCGACAGGAUUGUGCAGGUAAAUGGCACAAAAACUCAGGACUUUGAUUGCUGCCUUACGGUGCCCUUGAUAGCGGCCGCGGGUGACAAAAUCGAUUUGGUAAUACAGCGACCCCUGACAGAGUGACAUUCACCAAACGGCAGAGCCUCCGCCAUGUGGAAUGCGAUCGUUGCGACGUACACAAACACGCUAAAAAGAAAUAAAGCAAAAAGUGCCAUUUCCAAACAAUAAUCUUCGAUUCACGUCGCCCACGUGACCUGCGUCUUGUCACCAAAGUUUACACGUAUUUAGGAUAGUUCCUUCUAAUAUUUAUCCUUAAUCUUUGAGGUUAUUCGUUUUACAAUGUUUGUUCCAACUUUUAUUCAUUGCUCUUCAUUCAUACAUUUCAACGUAUUUAUUUAUUAUAAUACCGAUUCAAUCCUUCGCGUUCAAUAACAACAAACAAUAAGAAUAUAGGAUUAUACACAUCGUUCCGCACAAUCUACUGAAGCAAUUAGGACAAUAAUAAAUAGCUAGUUGAAAAUUUUCUCAUCAAUACAAGUUUCGUAUCCAAACUUUAGUGCUCUCUUUAGAGUCACCACAAAAACGGCCCUAAAUACAAAGCCAUCUUUACAACUGAU